AUGGCUAAAUUCAGCUGGACACCCGACUGGUUAGUCAAUAGAACAACAACGGCGGGACUCAGAGGAAGAAAAUUACGUGCUGCCGUUACAUUCACCGCCACUAUUGGGUUCUCCCUUUUCGGUUACGACCAGGGGCUUAUGUCUGGUAUCAUCACUGGUGAACAAUUCAAUAAUGAUUUUCCACCCACUAAAGACAACAAAACGAUUCAGGGUGCAGUUACUGCCUGUUACGAAUUGGGGUGUUUUUUUGGUGCCCUUUUUGCCUUGAUCAGGGCCGAUAGGAUUGGAAGAAAGCCAAUUAUUAUCGUCGGAGCCAUGAUCAUUAUUCUUGGAACCAUCAUUUCGGUAACGCCCAUGAGACCCCAUUGGCAAACGGGUCAGUUUGUUAUUGGUAGAGUCGUCACUGGUGUUGGUAAUGGUAUGAAUACGGCAACUAUCCCCGUGUGGCAAUCAGAAAUGUCGAGGGCUGAGAAUAGAGGUAGAUUGGUCAAUAUUGAAGGUGCAGUCAUUGCUAUUGGUACCUUUAUUGCAUACUGGAUUGAUUUUGGUUUUUCCUACGUUGAAAACUCCGCCCAGUGGAGGUUCCCUACUGCUUUCCAAAUUGUGUUUGCUGCUAUACUUUUGGGAGGUAUCAUUGUUAUGCCAGAAUCCCCUCGCUGGUUAAUAUCGCAUGAACGUAAACCGGAAGCUUAUGAAGUGUUGGGUUAUCUCAACAAUUUGCCACCUGAUGAUGAUGCUAUUGUUGCCGAAGCUAGUACGAUUAUCGAUGCGGUGAACCGAUUCAGAAACUCGCAAACUGGAUUCAGGGACUUGCUUACUGGUGGAAAGACACAACAUUUCCAAAGAAUGAUUAUUGGUUCAUCUUCGCAAUUUUUCCAGCAAUUCACUGGAUGUAAUGCUGCCAUCUACUACUCAACCAUCUUGUUUCAUGAGACGAUUUUCAAUAGUACCAAGUAUAGGUUAUCAUUGAUCUUGGGUGGUGUGUUCGCCACUAUCUACGCCUUGGCUACCAUUCCUUCAUUCUUUUUGAUUGAUACGGUUGGUAGGAGAAAAUUGUUUUUAGUUGGUGCCAUUGGACAAGGUUGUUCAUUCAUCAUCUCAUUUGGUUGUUUGGUUAACCCUACUGAAGAAAAUGCCAAAGGUGCUGCUGUUGGAAUCUUUUUAUUCAUUGUGUUUUUCGCGUUUACAAUCUUGCCAUUGCCUUGGAUCUACCCACCAGAAAUCAAUCCUUUGAGAACAAGAACUGCCGCAUCAGCUGUCUCGACUUGUACCAAUUGGAUCACCAAUUUUGCCGUUGUUAUGUUUACUCCCAAAUUUAUUGAAAGAUCCAACUGGGGUUGCUACUUGUUCUUUGCCUGUUUCAACUUCCUUUUCGUGCCAGUCAUUUUCUUUUUCUACCCAGAAACUGCCGGUAGAUCAUUGGAAGAAAUUGAUAUCAUCUUUGCCAAGGCUCACAUUGAAGGAAGACAACCAUGGAGAGUCGCUGCCACCUUGCCUAAAUUGUCAUUGCAAGAAAUUGAUGAACAAAGCAAAAGUUUGGGCUUGUUUGAUGAUGAGUUUGACAAGGACAAUUUUGAAACCAAGGAAGACAUCACUGAUAGUUCUAGUAACGAUGGGUUGAGGAACAGAGAGAACGGUAUGUUUGAAAAGGAAUCUCAAAGAUCUGUGAAUGAUGUCACUACGUCCAGAGAUGAAGGUAAGAAUGCUUGA